ACAAAACUCAUUUCCUCUAUUCAGUUCAACAGAAACCACAGACGAUGAUGGAUCUAUCAACAAUUUUGCUCGCUUUAUUCAUUCUAUUCGUGGCUUAUCUCUAUCGAGCUUACGUGAAAAUAUCGACGAAUCAUCCAGUACCUAAAAUUGAUAUCGUCGAAUAUUGGGGAAAGGGUCAAGUGGAAAAUCAUCGUGACGAUGACAAGAUAAAUCCGUUCAAAGUAUCGGUCGGAACUGAAGACAUCCAACAACUGAGAAAUCGUCUCACUGACGCCGGUCCAUUCGCUGACCCACUGGCCGAUGUAGCCUUUGAGUAUGGAUUCAAUUCCAAGCAACUCGAAAAAAUUGUGAAAUAUUGGCGUGACGACUAUCUGAGCAACUGGAAAGUGCACGAGGAAUUUUUGAACAAAUUCCCUCAAUUUACUACGCAAAUUCAAGGUCUAAGCAUUCAUUAUCUGCACGCCAGGCCGAAUUUACAGAGCAACGACAAUGUAAAAGUUUUCCCCUUGCUACUUCUGCACGGCUGGCCCGGGUCAGUGCGUGAAUUCUACGAAAUUGUUCCCCUUCUCAUUACGCCGAAAAAUGGAAUUGCUUUCGAAGUGGUCGCACCUAGUCUUCCUGGCUUCGGUUGGAGUGAAGCGACGAGUCGCAAAGGCCUAUCACCCGAAAAGAUGUCGGUGAUUGUGCGAAAUUUGAUGAUCCGUAUCGGGUAUGAGAAAUUCUACGUACAAGGUGGUGAUUGGGGAUCUGCUGUCGGCAGUGGAGUCGCAACUUUAUUCCCGGAAAAUGUUCUCGGCUAUCACGCCAAUAUGAUGUCGAUUCGUACGCCACUGGGAACGCUAAAGACAAUAAUCGCCGCAUAUUUUCCGUCUCUCUUCAUGGAAGCUGAAUACGUGAGCUGGAUGAAUCCCUUCUCGAGAACGUUCUGGUUCCUUCUCGAAGAGUCGGGAUACUUUCACUUGCAAGCCACAAAGCCAGAUACGAUCGGAAUCGCUCUAUCCGGAAAUCCAGCCGGAUUGGCCGCCUAUCUACUGGAAAAAUUCUCGACGGCAACGAAUCGAGAUUAUCGUCAGAUGCACGACGGCGGCCUUACCAAAGAUUUUCACAUGGACGCACUGAUCGAUAAUUUGAUGAUCUAUUAUCUUAGCAACUGUGCCACGAGUGCCGGACGAAUUUACAAGGAAGCAAUGCACACCAAAAUUAAACUGGAUCGUGUCGCGGUGACGAUUCCAGCAGGUGUAGCUCAUUUCAAGCAUGAAAUUUCUCAUCAACUGGCUUUUAUCACGAGUGAAAAGUUCAAGAAACUGAUUCACGAGACAUUCCAUUCGCAUGGUGGCCAUUUCGCCGCAUUGCAACUACCCGAAGUGUUGUACGAAGAUUUUGUAAAAUUUGUUGAGAAAACACUCUGAGAGAGUGGAUGGAAAUGGACGGUGGGCAAAGGGUUUGAAACAGAUCCGGUCAGGUAAUUUUAGAGAAAUGUAUGACCUGCUCCAAGCUGUUCGAGACGAU